CGUGCGCGGCGCCACCGGCCACGGAUUGGCUGAGAGAUGUAUUCGGGUGGAGUUAUUGCUCCGUCACUGCAGUGCGAGGACUGGGAGGAGCCCGGCUCCGAGGAAACAGGAAGUACCUUGUGACCGCCACUCAGAGCAGUUCCGAUGACUGUCCACAACCUGUACCUGUUUGACCGGAAUGGAGUGUGUCUGCAUUACAGCGAGUGGCACCGCAAGAAGCAAGCGGGAAUCCCCAAGGAGGAGGAGUACAAGCUGAUGUACGGGAUGCUCUUCUCUAUCCGUUCAUUUGUCAGCAAGAUGUCCCCGCUAGACAUGUACGUGGAGUCAGAGGGGAAGUUGAGGAAGGAUGGCUUUCUGGCCUUCCAAACUAGCCGUUAUAAACUCCAUUACUACGAGACUCCCACUGGGAUCAAGGUUGUCAUGAAUACUGACUUGGGCGUGGGACCCAUCCGAGAUGUGCUGCAUCAUAUCUACAGUGCGCUGUAUGUGGAGCUGGUGGUGAAGAAUCCCCUGUGCCCGCUGGGCCAAACUGUACAAAGUGAGCUCUUCCGCUCCCGACUUGACUCCUACGUCCGCUCUCUGCCCUUCUUCUCUGCCAGGGCUGGCUGAAGGAAGCACCCUACCUCACUCCUCAAAAGAAUCUCUGUAUGUUUGAGGCCGUUCCUAACCUGUUUGGCCUGAGGGCCCCCACUUCCUGCCCUUCCAACCCCUCAAGCCCCCAGGCAGCCUACCCUGGUGCCCUUGCCAUCACAGGCAGGAAGCCUACAGGAGUCUAUACACCUCCAAACCAGGCCCUCUCUUCAGUUUUAUCCUCUACCAGACACCUGGAGAAGUACAGAAUAAACUUUUUGUCACUGUC